UGGGGGAGGGGUAGAGAAGGCAGGCAUGUACGCCAGUUAGAGUGGAGAAGAGGAGAGAAUGAGAUGAGGGAGGAGAAGUACAGCCUGGGCAUCAUUUGCAAUGCUUGAGGAAAGCACAGGGAAGACGGGAUUGGUCGAGGGAGAGUGUCGCGUCACCGCCAGUGAGGGGGAGCUCUGAGGAUGCUCGCUGGGAGUUUGCAUUGAGAGCUCAGCCAUUAUCAGCUAUACACUGGGAACGGGGACUCCUCUGCAGAAUCAUUUUUCUUGUUGACUCUUCUCCCCUCUGAGCUGCAGCCAUGAAUUAUUUGCGUCGGCGUCUCUCGGACAGCACGUUCAUCUCCAACCUGCCCAAUGGCUACAUGACUGACCUCCAGAGGCCUGACGGCGCUCAGCCUGCUCCACCUGCCUCCCCAACCCCAGCCAAGUCUCCUACAACUGGGCCCACUCCCCCAGCCACUUCCCCUGCUCCAGAGAGGAAACCCCAGCCGUCUCAGUCCACCGGAGCGGGCUUCUUCAGCUCCAUCACCAACGUUGUAAAGCAGACAGCUGCCUCAGCGGGGCUAGUGGAGCAGACCCAAGUCACGACACCUAAGAAGUUCAAGAUUCUCCUGGUAAUUGACGAACCACAACAGGAGUGGGCGAAAUUGUUCCGGGGAAAGAAAAUAAAUGGAGAUUACGACAUCAAAGUGGAGCAGGCUGAAUUCCAUGAGAUCAACGUUGUGGCCCAUGCCAACGGGACCUGCAACGUUAACAUGCAAGUCCUCAGAAAUGCUACCAAGGUUAUCAGGUCAUUCAAGCCAGACUUUGUCCUCAUUCGUCAACACGCCUUCAGUAUGACCCAGAAUGAAGAUUUUCGCAACCUGAUCAUUGGCCUGCAGUAUGGAGGUGUCCCAUGCAUCAACUCGCUGGAGUCCAUCUACAACCUGUGUGACAAGCCAUGGGCGUUUGCCCAACUAAUCAACACCCACAGAAAGCUGGGUUCAGAGAAGUUCCCUCUGAUCGAGCAGACGUUUUACCCAAACUACAAGGAGAUGGUGAGCAUGCCGUCAUUCCCUGUUGUUGUGAAGAUUGGACACGCCCACUCCGGUAUUGGAAAGGUGAAGGUGGACAAUCACAGUAAGUUCCAGGACAUAGCCAGUGUCGUGGCUCUCACCCAGACGUACACCACCACAGAACCUCUCAUCGACUCCAAGUACGACAUCAGAAUCCAGAAGAUCGGCACUGACUACAAAGCCUACAUGAGAACGUCUAUAUCUGGAAACUGGAAGACCAAUACUGGCUCAGCUAUGCUGGAGCAGGUGGCCAUGACUGAUAGGUACAAGCUGUGGGUCGACACCUGCUCAAAGAUUUUCGGGGGUCUGGCUAUUUGCGCAGUCAAAGCUAUCCACGGGAAAGAUGGCAAAGAUUUCAUCACAGAGGUGGUGGGCUCUUCUAUGCCCCUGGUGGGGGAGCACCAGGCCGAGGACAGGCAGCUUAUCGCAGACAUGGUGCUGGCAGAGAUGAACCAGUCGGCGGAGAGGGAAGCUAAUGCUCCCCAGAGACCCACCACCAUACAGCCAUCCCAGGGAGCUGGCCAGAAGGGAGAGAUCGUCGGCGAACCCACUAAAAAUGGUGCUGGGCACCCGCCUCAAGGUUGUCUGCAGUACAUUCUCGACUGUAAUGGCGUUGCAGUGGGUCCAAAACCAGUCCAGGCCAACUGAGCCAGUCCAGGGGAAAGGGAGGAAGUCUCAAAGCCUAGAUAAACGACGACGUACCUUAGCUGAACACAAGCGCAGACGUGUGUGUUUGUGGUCGCUAAUAUAGCUAGAAUCAGAUCUCGGUGACGUGCGCUCGGUACAGCUGAGUGCUUGCCUGGACUGUGUUUUUAACUCUAUGCAGUGUCAAAAUGUACUGUCUACUUGUUGACCUGUUUGUGUGCUUGUAUAGGUCACCUAUGUUUCGGUAGCUAUGGUUUUUCCUUUGGGGCCGUUGUUGAUGAUGUAAAAAGCAGAUUGUGCCUACACUUGAGUGCUGCUCUGUGCUACCUGUUUGACCCAGCUAUGAAUCUUUUAUUUCCCCCCCCUACCCAUUUUUCUGUUUUCUAUUUUGGUGUGUACCUUUAGAUAUUGUUCAAACGUGCAGUUUGAAGUUCGUGUAUAUAUCAGUAUGUAUACAGUACGUGAGUGUGUAUGGCUGUAGUGGUGAUUAUUUUCAUACUUAUACUAAUAGAUAUUUAUUUUUGUUUUGCAUGAUUGAAACAAAGGAAGGUGCAAGUCCGUUAUUGAUGUCCGAUCAAGUGGGAUGUUCCUGUAACAUCGCUGUUUUGCCCCGGCUGUGUUCCCCGUGAUUCAUGCAUCGUGAAUGUGUCAUAAGAAAUGAGUAUUAUAUAAGUUCCACGGGAUACGUGUAUUCAUUACCAAACUGUGUGCGUACACAUACAACAGAGACAUACAGUAUGUGGCCUUUUUUUUAGAGUUAAUUUUACAUCUAUAUUGUCAGAAUGUCACCAGAAAAUAGAUAAUUUAGAGUGAGGAUACUAAUAGAUGGACACGUAAUAAAUAGUACAAAUUAGAUUUAUUAAAGAUUUUAUUAUGUAGGAUGUUGUGCAGGUGUCUGAACGCACAACUUAAAUAUAUUUAUAUCAUUUUUAACCAAAGAAUAAAUAGUUUCCUUUCAAUCAGUCUUUGCACUACAGUAACCCGCCAUGUAAAUAUCAGCGAGGGGACUGUUAUUACUGCCGUUUGUCACAUGGAGUGUCGUUUCACCAGAGCAUUCCAGGACAAUAAGUGUCUGUUGGUAAUCACAGCGAGCUGAUGCUGUAUUCAAAAUGUAUUUUGUUUCUGUGUUUAGUUGUGUGUGGAGGCAGACAUUACGGCUGAUAAUGAAACGGUGUAUAAUGUGCGCCCCCCCCCCCCAUGGCCCUUACACUGGAUAUUGGUGGUGUUGCCAUGACAACAAUGCAAGUGUUCUGAGGUUCUGUGUGGCCAGUCAAAAGAUUCAACACUCUUCCUGUGAGUCUCGAUGGAACGUGCAAUAUAGAUCCUUUUUGUUUUUAACACAAUAACGUGUUUAUUUUGAAAUCAGAUCUUCCAUCAAAUUAAUUCAAAAAGCUAUAGUCAUCCACACAUGGACUUGUUUUAGAAACACAAAUGUCGAUUGUUGUCCGGUGGCUUUUUGUGGAGGCCAUUUCAUAUAUCAAAUACCCUAAAUGGUGAAACAGCUAAAAAGCAACCAAAUCAACUGUAAAAAGAAAUCUGUACCGUUUUCCAACAAUGUAUUUGUUACUAUAGUAAAUAAUAUGUUCAGCAAGCUCUGUGUGCAGUUCUUUUUUCCAAAUAGUUUAAAGUGCCAUUGUAUCUGUGAGCGUAUCCUUGUAAAAGCCAUGCCUGCGGCUUUAUGGGUGUGUUGUUCUGUUUAAUAGGAAUUAUGCCAUGGCAUUGAUUUACAAGGGAGGAGCGUGGAGAGGUACCCCAGCUGCAUGGCCAGGCCUUGGUGCAGUGAUCGUGAUUGAAUAUCUGAUAAAUUAUAACUGGACGUGUUUAUUUGGCCGUUGUGUGUUGAGGUGAAAGUUAUAUCUUCAGACCUGCAGGACUGUAACUAUUAAGGGUAUAUGGUAACUAAAUAGAUGUACUUUUAAAACCGGUGUUGGACUGUUUAAAUCAAGAUCAGAGUACAAUAUAUUGUGGAAAGAAAAUUCCAUCCUGGAUAUUUCCCCUCUGUCACUGGCAAUAAAGCUUCCUUUGCAAUA